AUGACAGAGAUGGGUGGGGAAGAGAACGGAGUGUUGGUGAAACGACAUCCAAGUCACAAAACCGUCGUCUUGGACGAUGGACUGAACACUUUGAAGAACAGUUUAGCUGGAUCCAAUCAAUUCACCCUCUGGAAUUAUCAAUUGAAUCCGAGUGGGACAUGGAUAUGUCUCCCAUUGCCGACAGAAGUCCAGGGCGCAAUUCCCUUGUCUCGGCGCAACAAAGCACCUAGAUCUGAGGGUUUACAACCUAUACUCUUCAAACGUUGCAAGGCCGUUGUGGCUAACCUAACGAUCCUACUCUAG